GACAGUCUGUUGAUUAGACCGAGUUUCUCUGGUUACUUUCAUAUGACUGUAUACCUAUUUUGAAUGAUCACACCAUGAGAUCUUUUAUCUGUUGUAGCACACUAUUAAUUAUUAUGGCUUUGCUGGUUUCGGGAAUUUCAGCUGAUGUUUAUCGUCGCCCCUCCAAAGUGAUCACCAGCUGCUGCAAGGCUGUCUCUAGAAGCAGGAUCCCAUACAACAUCAUUAGCUAUAAAGUACAAAAUGCUCUGACACCUUGUGUAAAAGCUGUAAUAUUUUAUACUAAAGAAGUUGGUGCAGUUUGCUCCAAUCCCGAUGCCAAAUGGGUAAAAGAGAAAAUGAAAGAGUUACCACAGGCUGAUGACAAUGUCUGAUUGAAGAGACUUUGACUUUUUAAGUUUCAGUGCCUGCCUUAACUGAUAGCCAUUAAAAUGUCUGGCAGAUCAUCUUCAUUGAAACUUGAAACUGAAGCUUCCCAUUGACUCAGCAGUGAAUGUCUUUGACAGAAAAUGAACUUCAUAAAAUAUUUUCUUGAAGUUAAAAAAGAAGGCUGAUUUCACAAUAAAAAUAAUGUAUUACAUGUUUUAAAUGCA